UCUGGGACAUUCACUCCAUACAGCGGUUGAAACAUUGUAUCUAUUUGUUUCCAUAAAUGGAUCCAUUUAUGGAAACAAAUAGAUACAAUGUUUCAACCGCUGUAUGGAGUGAGUGUCCCAGAACUGUCAGAAAUAGCCUAUUUCUGACAGUUCUGGGACAUUCACUCCAUACAGCGGUUGAAACCGCUGUAUGGAGUGAAUGUCACAGAACUGUCAGAAAUAGCGGAGCUCUGCAGAAUUUUCAUCCUACUUCUUCUUCUUCUUCUUCUUCAUCUUCUCAUCCUCAUCCUCUUCUUCUUCUU